UCCUUACGUUAUCGUUCUUUCACAGCAGCUGAGUUUAGUCGUAGAGAAGGUCAUGCACUCUGUUGGAGUUUCUAGAAGAUGAACAAAGACUCCAACACUGAGCACAUGUUUCUGAAACGCGCGUUGGAGAAGAUUCUCGCCGACAAAGAAACGAGGAGGUCUCAUAAUGCACAGCUGCGGAAAGCGUGUACUGCAGUAUUAGACGAUUUGAAAUUGAAGAAGAAUGAGGAAGAUGGCGUUAGGAAGGACUCUGGGGUUUUGCCUCAUCCAGAUAUAAAGCCCUACGUCAAUGCUGAUCAUUUCUUCUUGCCAUUUGAGUUAUGUUGUCAAAGUCGUCAACCUCGUCUAGUUGUCACUGCACUUGACUGUUUGCAGAAACUAAUGGCAUAUGGUCAUCUUAUUGGUAACACACCAGAUCCAACUCAGCCAGGGAGACUGAUCAUUGACCGAAUUAUUGACAUGGUGUGUUCCUGUUUCUCUGGAGUGCAAACUGAUGACAGUGUUCAAUUGCAGAUAAUAAAGGGGCUGCUGACUGCUGUCACGUCUGCUGUGUGCGAAGUGCAUGAGAGAACUCUCUUGCAAGCCGUUCGAACUACGUACAACAUUUACGUGGGCAGUAGAAAUUUGAUUAAUCAAACAACUGCAAAAGCCACUCUCACGCAAAUGCUUAAUGUCAUAUUUCAAAGAAUGGAAUCACAGGCAGUUGUUGAGCAACAAAGGCAUCGUUUGGGUGCAGAAUUAAAGGUUGAUGUUGAGAGGAGUCCAACUCCAUCCAGUAGCCAGAUGAGUGACACAACAGAAAUUCCUCCACUGUCUUCUGUAACUGGUCAGGGAAAUGACGGGUCUGAGUCAGUUGAUUUGAAUGUGGAAGCAUCGUCUACUGGUGGUGAUUUUCCAGUUGUCACAGUGCAGAGAGAUGAUGAUGAUGAAGUAUUGAAAGAAACAGCAAGACAACUUGUCAAUCAUGUGUUACAUCAAUCGUUGGCUGAGAUGCAGCUGCAGUCGGAAAGUGUCAGCGAAGAUAUUGAAAUAGAAUCUCAACUGAGUGAUGAGAGUCACAUGGAUGAUUUGCCUGAAACAUCAACUUAUCAGAUGCAGGGUGCCACUUUGGCACAAGGGGGAGCUAUCAAGUUCUCUCAUGUGUUGCAGAAGGAUGCAUUUCUUGUCUUUCGGUCUCUAUGUAAACUGUCUAUGAUGCCAGUAGUGGAAGCACAAACUGAUCCAAAAUCUCACGAAUUGCGAUCAAAAAUUCUGUCUCUGGAGUUGCUGCUUACAAUUCUACAAAAUGCUGGUCCUGUAUUCUUGACACAUGACAUGUUUGUUUGUGCUAUCAAGCAAUACUUAUGCGUGGCUUUGUCAAAGAAUGGUGUAUCUCCUAUACCUCGAGUGUUUGAACUGUCACUUGCUAUUUUCUUACAACUGUUGGCUUCAUUUAAAGUUCAUCUUAAGAUGCAGAUUGAAGUUUUCUUUAAGGAGAUUUUCUUAAAUAUUUUGAAUACUGGGUCAAGUUCACAGCACAAGUGGAUGGUGUUGGAAGCGUUGUCUAGAAUUUGUGCAGAUGCACAGUGUGUUGUUGAUAUCUAUUUGAACUAUGACUGUGACUUGUCUUUGGCAAACAUUUUUGAACAUCUUAUCAACUGUCUGUCUCGUAUGUCACAGAGUAAUCUACGGCACUCUCAGCAUCAUGGAGAAUCUGUAGAGUCUUCAGUUACCGAACGCAUGAUGCAAGUAAAAGCUGUUGAAUGUCUUGUGUCAGUUUUGAAGUGCAUGGUAGAAUGGAGCAAAGAUAUCUAUGUCAAUCCUAAUACAACUGGCAUGAUGGCUACAACAAUUGAAACAACUACUCAGUCAUCACAAAAUGUUGCAUCUAAUCAGGCUACUGGCACAUCAGAUUCUCAUCUCUCGGUUGAUGAGGGUGACAGUGGAAUGUCAGGAUCUGGACCAUCUACACCACAUACACAUCGGAGAAUGACAAGCUUAGCUGGCAGUUCAUUUGGUGAAGGAGAAGAUCUUGGUGGUUCUAAUCCUUCUCUUCGUGCUGCUUUGGAUGCUCCAGAAGAGUUUGCAGAGAGAAAGCAAAGGAAGGACAUUAUUGAGCAAGGGAUAGCUUUGUUUGCAAAGAAGCCAAAGAAAGGUGUCAAGUUUCUUCAGGAGAAAGGAGUUCUUGGCAAAGAUCCAAUAGAUGUUGCAAAGUUUUUUCAGUCUGACAGUCGUCUUGACACGACGCAAAUAGGCGAGUAUAUUGGUGAAAAUGAAAAAUACUGUAUUGAUGUGAUGUAUGCAUACACGGAUCUAAUAGAUUUCACAGGAAUGGGUUUUGUUGCUGCCAUACGUCGUUUUCUCUCAGGAUUCCGACUUCCUGGUGAGGCUCAAAAGAUUGACAGGCUGAUGGAAAAAUUUGCCAGUCGAUAUUUUGUGACAAAUCUAAGCUCUGGUGUGUUUGCAAGUGCUGAUGCUGCAUAUGUGUUAGCAUACUCUAUCAUCAUGCUUACAACUGAUCUCCACAGUGUGAAGGUGAAAACUAAAAUGACCAAGGAACAAUACAUAAAAAUGAAUCGUGGCAUUAACGACAGCAAGGAUCUUCCCAAAGAGUAUCUGGAGAGAAUUUAUGAUGAAAUAGCACAGAGUGAGCUGAAAAUGAAGCCAACAGCAUCCAGAACAACAGGACAGAAGAGUGGAACAAUGACAUCUGGUCAGAGUGAGAAGCAACGUCGUGCUAUGUAUGCUCUUGAAAUGGAGCAAAUGGGAGAGACUGUCAAGGCAAUGAUGGAGGAUGUGAGUCGUAGACAGACAAAGUUCACUAGUGCGACACACGUUGAGCACGUCAGACCAAUGUUUUCUGCCUGUUGGACUCCUGUUCUUGCCGCAUUUAGUGUCACUUUGAGAGAAACAAAUGAUGACGACCUUGUUCAUCUCUGUUUGGAUGGCUUUCGUUGUGCCAUUCGGAUAAGCUGUGUGUUUGGAUUACAGCUGGAACGUAAUGCAUUUCUUCAGUCAAUUAGCAAGUUCACUUUGCUUACCGUGAGUGCUGGUAUCACUGAAAUGAAGCCAAAGAACAUCGAGACUAUCAAGACUCUUGUUGCAAUUGCUCACACAGAUGGCAACUAUUUGCAGACAUGUUGGCAUGAUGUACUGAAGGUCAUUUCUCAGCUAGAGUUAGCUCAAUUGAUUGGGACUGGUGUAAGACCGGACUUCAUGACAGGAGGUACGAGUUCAUCAUUUGGCAGAAUUAUGAGAGUGCCAAAACCUGAUGGAGAAGUGCAUCGAAGCAGCAGCGACUUAAAACGCAUAGCAGCCAUACAGGAGUCAUUGGGAGAAACAAGCUCUCAGAGUGUGGUGGUAGCUGUUGACAGGAUAUUUACCGGAUCUAUGAGGCUUGAUGCGGAGGCAAUUGUUGACUUUGUAGAAUGGCUAUGUGUUGUGUCAAUCGAUGAGCUGUCAUCACCACAAGGACCUCGCAUGUACAGUCUACAGAAGAUCGUUGAAAUUUCCUAUUACAACAUGCCACGGAUCAGAUUAGAAUGGUCACGCAUUUGGCAGGUGCUGGGAGAUCACUUUAACAAGGUUGGCUGCCAUGCAAAUGAAGAAGUUGCAAUCUUUGCUGUUGAUUCACUAAGGCAGUUGGCCAUGAAAUUUCUAGAGCGAGGAGAGCUUCCAAAUUUUCGAUUUCAAAAAGACUUUUUGCGGCCAUUUGAGCAUAUUAUGAAGAGAAAUCGGUCACCAACAAUUCGGGAUAUGGUUGUACGUUGCGUAGCACAAAUGGUUCAUUCCCAAGCUACCAACAUCAAAUCAGGGUGGAAGAAUAUUUUCUCUGUAUUCCAUUUGGCUGCUUCUGACCUUGAUGAAGGAAUUGUAGAGCUGGCAUUUCAAACUACAGCCACAAUAUUUGAACAAUAUUUUGCUGCAACUAUCGACUCAUUUCAAGAUGCUGUGAAAUGCUUGUCAGAGUUCGCAUGCAAUGCUGCCUUUCCUGACACCAGCAUGGAAGCUAUACGACUGAUUAGACAUUGUGCUAAACAUGUUGCGGAUGCACCGCAGAUGUUUAGGGAAUAUGGUGCUGAAGAGAAUGUAAAUGAGGACGACCGAGUUUGGGUAAAAGGCUGGUUUCCAGUUUUGUUUGAACUUUCUUGUGUGAUCAAUAGGUGCAAGCUGGAUGUUCGGACAAGAGGUUUGACAGUUAUGUUCGAAGUCAUGAAAACGUACGGCAGCACAUUCUUGCAGCAUUGGUGGCGUGAUCUGUUUCGUGUUGUUUUUCGUAUCUUUGACAACAUGAAACUACCUGAGCAGCAGCAGGAGGCAAGAAAAUGCACGCAGGAUAUGUUAGCCCACACAAUUGAAAAGGCAGAAUGGAUGACUACCACGUGCAACCAUGCACUUUAUGCUAUUGUGGAUGUCUUCACACAAUAUUUUGACAUUCUUUCACCUGUCUUGUUGGAUGACAUGCUUUCUCAGUUACACUGGUGUGUUCAGCAAGAUAACGAGCAACUGGCUCGUUCUGGAACUAACUGUUUGGAGAACUUGGUUAUUUCAAAUGGGCCCAAGUUUAACUCUUCUACAUGGGACAAUAUUUGUACUGCCAUACGUCAUGUGUUUGUAACAACUCUGCCUCAUGAACUUCUGACAUGGACACCGGUUGCAUCACAUAGCAGCACUGAGACCGAAGUACAAGAGUCAACUGGAUCAACAAAAUCAGAGUCAUCUGCUGCAGCUGCCAAUUUUGGAUCUAAGAGUGAACAGACGUUACUUCCAGAUCCAGGUACAGUGCAGCAAGAACAAAUGAUAGGUAUUAAAAAAGACAACAGUGCUCUACUAGCUGCAAAUGGGAAAGAAAUGAAUCCAGAGGUUAAAGAAGCCACACGGUAUGGUUGUUUGUCUGACGUUGAACAAAUGGAAAUGAGAACUGUUGACGAAAGGGAGCCUACAGGUCGUGUAAUGCAAGAAGACUUUUGUGAUGAAAGGAUCAAAGGUACUGAUAAGGAGCUGAAGUCAUCAGAUGAUGUAGUGGCAGAACCUAUUUUCAAGAAGCAAAGACCAAGUAGUACAAUGACUGCUCACCAAAGUCUGUUUUCUGUGUUGUUGAUCCGAUGUGUUGUCCAAUUGGAGCUUAUUCAAACCAUUGACAAUGUUUUAUUUUUCCCCACAACAAGUCGAAAAGAUGAUGAAUACAAUCUAGCCUUUGCUAAUGAUGAAGUUUGUAGUGAAGUUCUUCUACCAGAGCAAGCUAUGUAUGGGAAACUGAACGCACAACAACUGUUCUCCUUGUUGCAAUGUCUCAUAGACUCACAUCGCUUUGCCAAGCAAUUCAACUCAAGCAAUGAACAGAGAACUGUGUUGUGGAAAGCAGGCUUUCGUGGAAAAUCAAAGCCUAAUCUUCUAAAACAGGAGACAACAAGUUUAUCUUGUGCUCUUCGUAUUCUUUUUCGCAUGUAUAUUGAAACAGAUGCCUCUAGUGAGGUUGAAACAACCCUCCUGAAGCUGUGUGAUGAGAGUUUGUGCUACUUUUUUUCACUUACAUCCGAUGGGCAUCGAGAAGCUUGGAGGUCAGUGAUUGUGUUGUUAUUCACUCAAUUGCACAGCCUGCCUGAUGAUAAGUUUGUCAAACACGUUGGCGUGUAUUAUCCAAGUUUCUGUGAUCUGGUUGCUCUUGACUUGAAACCCGAGCUUCGGAGCUUGCUGAAAAAGUUACUUGUUCGUGUAGGUUGUCUAUUUUCAGUAGUAGCUACUAGUUCCUGCAUGUAGAAUGGUGUUGCAAUGUUACAUUGUAGUUGUCACUUUGGUACAGACUAUAUAUUUUCUGGUACACGUUGAUUUCACUUGUACUAUUGCUGUCUCAUUGCCAUUAAAAGUAAUGUUGUC